CACGGAAAAACCAUGGAUCCUGAACCGGUUAUGAGAACCGCCCGGUCCAUAAAUAAAACUCGCGAAUUGUUUUUUUCUGACAUUUUCCCCCCGAAAAAUAUCAAACUCAAAUUUGCUUGUUCACACUUGUUGUCACCGCUUCUGCCCGUGAGAACCCUCCGGUACCGCCGUUCACGCUCUUUGUUUCGCAUUCGCCGCCUUUCAGUUUCUCUGUUUCCGCACAUCAUUUCAGAAUACCUUAGUCUUUGAAUUGCGGUAAAACAAAUUCUGAACCUUUCUGCCAAGCAAUGGAUCCAAAUCUACAACGGGAAUGGUCCUUCAAUGACUUCGAGAUCGGAAAGCCACUCGGGAAAGGGAAGUUCGGCCGAGUCUACGUCGCCAGAGAAGUCAAGACUAAAUUUGUGGUUGCAUUGAAGGUUAUAUAUAAGGAGCAACUUGAAAAAUAUAAACUUCACCAUCAAUUGAGGAGAGAAGUGGAGAUACAGAUAAGUCUUAAACAUCCGAACAUCUUGCGUCUCUAUGGUUGGUUUCAUGAUUCCGAGCGUGUUGUGUUGAUUCUUGAAUAUGCUUAUAAUGGUGAGCUAUACAAGGAGCUUAGCAAAAGACAUCAUUUCUCCGAGAAGGAAGCUGCAACGUACAUUUUAAGCCUGACAGAGGCAUUGGCAUAUUGUCAUGAGAAGCAUGUUAUUCAUAGGGAUAUCAAGCCUGAAAAUUUGUUGCUCGACCACGAGGGUCGUCUUAAGAUUGCAGACUUUGGUUGGUCUGUGCAAUCUAAAAUGAAAAGACAAACCAUGUGUGGGACAUUGGAUUAUUUAGCUCCUGAAAUGGUUGAAAACAAAGGUCAUGAUUAUGCUGUUGAUAACUGGACUCUGGGUAUCCUUUGCUAUGAGUUCCUUUAUGGUGCUCCUCCAUUUGAGGCUGAGAGUCAAAUUGAUACCUUCCAAAGGAUAAAAAAUGUUGAUUUGAUCUUUCCUCCUAGCCCUAUUGUUUCUUCAGAUGCCAAAAACCUUAUAAAACGGCUCCUGGUAAAAGAUUCCUCAAGAAGGCUCUCACUCCAGAAGAUAAUGGAGCAUCCUUGGAUAAUCAAGAAUGCAAAUUGUAUCGGUGACUGCACGUAGUAUCAAGUUUAGUCACUCGUGUAUAAAUAUUGUUUCGAAGGAUUAAGUUGGGUUCUGCAUCUAGAAUUGUAAUAAUACGAUGUAAGCAAAUUUAUGUGUUUUCAGAAUUCAAAUCAUGAUUGAAAAGCUAGAGACCUGAUGAGCAACCGAGGCCUAGUUUCCUGUCACACAUUUUUACAAACAAAUUCAUUGACAUUUUGAAUAAUGGAACCCAAAAAUAGCAUGAAUGCAAUAACUUGGAUGAUCAUUUGUCUAAGGG